AUGAUUUGCAGCGUGUUUCUUAGUUUUGUUUUGAUUGAAACAGUGAGAUUUUCCCUAGAUUUUUCUAGCCAAUUUCAGACAGUUUCCAGAUCUCUUGCUACCAGAUAAUUCUAAUUUACGGAACAUUGAAUGUGUCGGAUGUUUUAAGCACAACAAAUUCAGAUUCAUAUGAAUCAUGUUCAAAUGUAUGUUUAUCAAAUAUAAAUUGUGUUUCUCUAUUUUAUAUUCCAUCUUCUCAAUCUUGUUCUAUUUAUUCUAUUUAUCAAGUCAAUUCCUAUCAAAAAAAUGAUAGUUUACAAACUAUUGUUGGAAUUAAGGUAAGUAGUUAUGACGUGGCAUAUUUCGAAUGAUCUUACGUUAGUUAUGCAAACCCUAACAAUAAGUCAGGAGAAAUAUACGUUUCAAAAUUUAUAGAAUUUACAAAGGGCGAUAGAGGUUUUGAUAUCUCUAUUGAUCACGAAUUAAAAAUAUAUGAUUUCCGAAUUUUUCUUGAUUGUGCGGAUGUUUGACACAAAAAAUCUAGUUUUUCUGAGAACCCAAGAGGGGUACUAGAAAUCCCAUGCAAAACCUAGUCCACCAUCAUUCUCUUCCAGACAAACUCCACCAGUUCAAAAACCUGUCCCUCUUCAUUUUCCUCUAUCGAUUUAUCUGGUGAUGUAAAUGGAAUCGCAUAUCAAUUUUCAAGUUCAAAUUCAAGUCUUAGCUAUGAAACCUGUCCUGAUGGUUACACUCAAUUUACCCGAACUCGUGGAAUUUGGUGCAUGAAGUUAUAUGAUUUCUCAACAGCUCCAAUUUACUUCGACACCUCCUAUUGCUCUCAAUAUUCAGCGCUUCCAACAGGAUUCGACAACGCAGAUGAAGUUGCCUUCAUAACAUCAGAAAUGGUAACCAAUUCCAUGUUUCAAAUGGAUGUUGGAAUUGAUGGACAUCGAAUUCCCUCAUGUUAUAAUACCACAACAAUUUGGUGUGAUGAUUAUGAAUGGUCGAAUAAUUAUACAAGUUAUCCGACUUAUGUGAAUUGGUCAGCUUGGAAUCCGAGUCGCUGGACUUCGGAUUUCCAGGAGAAUCAGAUGUCAAUUUAUCUAUGGAGUUCGAGCACCCUUGUUGAUAUUUACAAUGAUAUUUCUUGCGAGGGUUUGAUCUAUGGAUUUGUCUGCGGUGUUCCAUUAGGCAAUUGGGAUUUUGAUUAA